AGUAUGAAGUUUGGCUCGUCAGUGGACAACAGCUGCUGCUGCGAGAGAAUGGUGCACCUUGGUGCCAGCGGGUGCGCAACAUUCUCCAACUCUGCUUCGUCCCCCCGCAACUUUGACCGCUGUGGUUAGUCCGAGUGAGUCGACGCUCCAAAUGGCUGGGAUUAUUCCUCCGCCGCACCUGCACAGGACCGCUUGGAUUCUACUCGCGCUGCUUGUGAUGAGUGAUGCGUUCACGCCGGUUUUUGACAGUUACGGUUUGUCAUACGCUCUGAGGUCCGAGCUGUCUGAGGAUACCAUCCUGGUCGCCAACAAUGGGAUCCGCGUGCCUUUUGGAAGAUCCGUGUUUAUCGAUCCCAUCAAUGAUUUGGUCACCCAAGUUCAGCCCGGGGAUCGGUGCAGUAUAACAGUCCUGGAUAACGACCCGCUUUCCCAACGACCCGGUUCGCUGUCGCCCAAAAAGUUUCCGUGUGAAUUCGGCCCUAACGACGUCAAGUACUCCCACUUCGGCUCCAGGAGUCCUCCCAGGGACCGAGUGAAAUUGCAACUCAGGUAUGACACGCAGACGGACACGAUCAUCAUACCGUUCAUGGUGGAGGUGGAAGUUGUUUUCACACAGCUGGAGGUGCUGACCAAAAACAUGCCGCUCACUGUAGAGCGACUGCUGGGCACCAGCCACCCUAUUGAUAGGCGGAUUUUGGAAUUCACCUAUGAUAGAAGCACGCAGGAAUGCAAGAUCGCCUCCUUGUCCAGCAGCAGCUCGCUGCCCAGGUAUGGCAAACUGGCGGAUGAAAGCAGACUGGGAACAAUGGUGGACUGUGACUCCUUCAUUAAAAUGAACAUUCGCUAUCAGCACACUUUUGCUUUGAAGUCGCCCAACAGAGAUUACAUCCCCAUGUUCUUGGAGUUGCACGAUAAAGAGGGCAACUUGCUCAAACAGGAACAUUUCCAAAUUUUAGUGAGGAUUAGAGAGGGAGAGGAAAACACUGCCCCGAAGCCCAGCUUUGUGGCUAUGAUGAUGAUGGAGGUGGACCAGUUUGUGAUGACAGCCAUCACCACUGACAUGUUGGCCGCCGAGGAUGUGGAGUCGAAUCCUGACCAGUUAGUUUUUAACAUCACGUCCCCCAUGUCCUAUGAGGAGGGGUACAUUGUUAGCACGGAUGAUAGGAACUUGCCAAUAACCUCGUUCCACCAAGGAGACCUCAAAGACUUGAAAAUUGCCUACAAACCCCCUGCUGUGGAUUCAGACACCGAGCGGAUUUUCCAGAUUGAGUUUGAGGUGGUGGACACCGAGGGGGCCGUGUCAGACCCCUUCGCUUUCAUGGUAGUUGUUAAGCCGAUGAACACUUUAGCGCCUGUGGUGACCAAAAAUACAGGGCAGUUAUUAUAUGAAGGUCAAUCCAGGCCUCUGUCUAGUUCCCAAAAUUUGGAAAUCAGUGACGAGGACAAUCUGGAGAAAGUGAGAAUCACUGUCAUUAACGGCCUGCGGCACGGAGACUUAACUGCUCUUGGCUCCAGAAGGAAAUUUUUCACCCCAGCAGACCUAAACACAGGAGGUGUCAUUUAUCAACACGAUGGCAGCGACACAUACAGCGAUAAUAUAAUUUUCAGAAUGACAGAUGGCGCGCAUGAAGUGGAAUUUCUCUUUCCGAUCACCGUCGUGCCAAUGGAUGAUGAGCCGCCCAUAAUCAACGCCAACACUGGUUUAGUUUUAUUCAAAAACCAGAUGAUGCCAAUCUCCUCGCUCAUCCUCAGCGCAGCUGAUAUUGACUCAGAGGAUUCCACCAUAAAAUUCACCAUGCAGCCUCCCUUUUCUGCGAUCGGGAAGGUGCUGCUGCGACAGUCGGACGCCCCCGAGGACCCAUCGACCUGGAAGUUUAACACAGAGGAUGAAGUGUAUGAGAAAGUGGUGACGGAGUGGCUGCAGCAGGAUAUUAUUGACGGCAAACUGUUUUACAAACACGUUGGGCCCCACAGCACCGGCACCGUCAUUGAUCAGUUUGUGUUUAGAGUUCAGGAUGAUAAUGACCCGCCGAACCAAUCAGGCGAGAGCUCAUUUAUCAUCAAGAUUCUGCCCAUCGACGACCUCCCGCCUGAGCUGCACCCAGAAACCACUUUGCAGAUGACUGUACACGAGUAUCAGCUUACCUACUUUCGCAAGAAAUUCCUCCGCUACACUGACCUGGAUUCGGAAGAUAGGGAAUUAAAGUACACUGUAGUCCAGGCCCCGACCGACACGGAUGAGAAUAACCCUGUCAUACUGGGAGCUCUAGUUUUGACCGAGAAUCCAAACACUGAGGUUCAUAUUUUCACCCAGGCGCAGAUAAAUCACCACAAAAUAGCUUACAAACCACCUGAUUUGGAGUUAGGGAUCACGAGCCGUGUUCUGCAGUUUAAAUACAAAGUGGAAGAUGUUUCAGGAAACAGAGCCGACGGCGUCUUCACCGUAUUCCUGAAGCCUGUGAACAAUAAGCCCCCUCAAAUAACCAACUCUGGGUUCACUGUCUUUGAGCGAGGCACGCAUGUCAUCACAUCAGCAGAGCUACACACCACAGACACAGACACUGACAGCAAACAAAUAUCCUUCACCGUUUCUCAGCCUCCUUUGCAUGGCAGAAUUCAGUUCUCAUUCUCCGACAUGUCAAGAGGAGACAGCUUUCGACUUGAGGAUAUCGAAAGUAAUAGAAUCUCUUACAUCCACAAUGGAGAUGAGUCGACAGUAGAUUCAAUACACAUUGAUGUCAGCGAUGGGGUCCACGUUGUCCCAAUUGCUAUUAGAAUUAGCGUGAAGCCUGUUGAUGACGAGAUUCCAACCAUCGCUCUGCCGGCCGGUACGAUCGGAUCAUAUAUAGAUGUUCUGGAAAAUGGGGCGACCGAAAUAACAAGCAAUGUUAUUCAGGGUAGAGACGAAGACACGGAUGACCUUAGAUUGACGUUCAUCGUCGAAGACGCGCCUUCGCUGGGAGAGAUUCUGGUUAAAGGUGUUCCGUCGGAUUUGUUCACCCAAGCGGACGUCAUCAACGGCCACGUGGUGUACACGCACACAAGCGGAGAAAUCGGCAUUUCCACAAAGGAGGACUUUUUUAAUCUCACACUGACUGACAUGUCAGAUGAGUGGACCGUCGGUGGUAAUAAGAUCACUGGAGUCAGAGUUCACGUCACCAUUCUUCCUCUAGACAGCCAGGCUCCCGAGGUCUUCGUGGGGCCGCAAUUCACCGUCGCGGAGGGCGAGAAAAACGCCAUCCAGAUUGGUCACAUAAGCGCCAACGAUGUCGACACCCCGUAUGAGGACUUGCUUUGCACCAUUAUCGUUCAGCCGACGUCAGGUUAUGUGGAAAAUAUCUCCCCUGCGCCAGGAUCAGAGAAAUCCAGAUCUGGAACUGCUAUUAGUGCUUUCACCAUCAAGGACAUCAGACUAAAUCAUAUUUAUUAUGUUCAAAGCAUUCACAAAGGCGUGGAGCCGGUGGAGGACAGGUUUACAUUCAGAUGCUCUGACGGCAUCAAUUUCUCUGAAAGGCACUUUUUUCCCAUCUCCAUAAUCCCCUCUAAUGAUGAGAAGCCCGAGAUUUACAUGAGAGAGUUUGUGGUUAUGGAGGGCAUGAACAUAGUCAUUGACACUCCUAUUUUGAACGGCGCUGAUGCAGAUCUCCCCUCAGAUCAUCUGACUUUUAUUAUCACUAAGCCUCCGAGGCAUGGAUUUAUCCUCAAUCAGCUCACAACGGGCACCAUCCAGGUCUCAAACUUCACCUUGGAUCAGAUCCGGGAGGCUUCCAGCAUCGUAUAUGAGCACGAUGACUCAGAGACCACGGAGGACAGCUUUGAUAUCGUCCUCACAGAUGGAAAGUUCAGCGUGGAGAAAACAGUCAUGGUGAUGAUCAUCCCCGUGGACGACGAAACCCCGAGGAUGAUAAUCAAUGACGGCCUUGACAUUGAGGUGGGGGAGGUGAAAGUGAUAAACAGCAACAUUUUAAAAGCCACCGAUCUGGACUCGGAAGAUAGCGGGCUAACUUAUAUCAUUCGCUAUGGGCCAAGUCAAGGGUAUUUGCAAAAAACGACGCCGACCGGGUCGCUGCAAAACAUUACCGUCGGUAUGAACUUCACCCAGCAGGACAUAGACCAGGGUUUCAUCAUGUACAUGCAUAACGGACAGGAGGGAGUCCGGGACCUUGUCAAGUUUGAUGUGACCGAUGGAAUCAACCCUUUGAUCGACAGAUACUUUUACGUCACAGUGGAUGGGAUUGACAUGGUUUUCCCGGAUGUCAUCAGCAAAGGGGUAUCUCUCAAAGAGGGCGGCCGUGUGACUCUGACUACAGAUCUGCUCAGCACUAGCGAUCUGAACAGCCCAGAUGAACACUUGGUGUUUACUAUCACACGGGCACCUAUGAGGGGACACCUGGAGUGCACAGACACCCCUGGGAUGCCCAUUUCCUCCUUCUCACAGCUCCAGCUGGCAGGCAGCAAGAUCUACUAUAUACACACUGCGGACGACGAAGCAAAGAUGGAUAGCUUUGAAUUUGAAGUGACUGAUGGGUACAACCCAGUCUUCCGCACUUUCCGCAUCUCUAUCGCCGGAGUAGACAAUAAAAAGCCCGUGGUGAGGGUGCACGGCCUGGUGGUGACGGAGGGAGAAAACAAGCUCAUCACUCCUUUUGAGCUAACAGUUGAAGACAGAGACACUGUUGACCGCCUCCUGAAGUUCACGGUCACUCAAAUUCCUGUUCAUGGUCGCCUGCUCUUCAACAACACCCGCCCUGUCACCUCCUUCACAAAGCAGGACCUGAAUGAGAACUUGAUCAGCUACAGGCAUGAUGGCACCGAGAGCGCGGAGGACAGUUUCUCCUUCACUGUCACAGACGGAACACACACUGACUUUUACGUCUUCCCAAAUACAGUGUUUGAAACCCGUAGGCCCCAAGUGAUGAAGAUUACCGUGCUCCCGCUGGAUAAUGGAGUGCCACAGAUAGUUGUUAACAAGGGUGCCCCAACGUUGAGGGUGCUAGAUACGGGUCACCUUGGCUUUGUAAUCACCAGCAAGACUCUCAAGGCGGAGGACAGAGACAGCAUCCAGGGGUCCGUAAUCUUCCGGAUCACCGCGGCUCCAGUGCACGGCUACCUGAUCAACUUGGCCAGAGGAAAUGCAACAAUCAGCACCUUCACACAAGCGGAUAUUGAUGACAUGAGCGUCUGCUACGUCCUGAAAAGUGGUGCCAAUGCUACCAGUGACAUCUUCCACUUCUCCAUUGAGGACAGUGGCGGCAACAGACUUAAGAAGCAGCAGUUUCGACUGAACUGGGCCUGGAUCUCACUGGAGAAGAGGCGCUACGUGGUGGACGAGGAGGUCAAGUUCCUGGAGGUGGUGUUAAAACGUCGGGGCUACCUCGGGGAGACUUCGUUUGUCAGUAUCGCCACGACAGACGGCAGUGCAAAGAAAGACAGAGAUUUCCGAGGGAAGUCCCAGAAACAAGUGCAGUUCAAUCCCGGUCAGAGCACCGCCACCUGGAAGGUCCGGAUACUCUCUGACACGGAGUACGAAGUGUCGGAAACCUUCCAGAUUGUUCUGUCGGAACCUGUGAUGGCCGUUCUUGAAUUCCCAGACGUUGCUACCGUGGAGAUCCUGGACCCUGAUGAUGAGUCGACGGUGUUCAUCCCUUCAGCUGUGUACAACAUUGAGGAGGACGUCGGAGAGCUGCUGGUCCCAGUGAGACGGAGCGGAGACGUCGCUCAGGAGAUGAUGGUCGUCUGCCACACACAGCAAGUCUCAGCCACAGGAACGGUCCCCACCACCGUCCUGUCCUACUCGGACUACAUCUCCCGCCCUGAAGACCACCACAGCGUGCUGCGCUUCGACAAGGGCGAGGUGGAGAAGCCCUGCCGGGUGGUGAUUAUUGAUGACUCUCUGUAUGAAGACGAGGAGAGCUUUAAUGUCACACUCAGCAUGCCCAUGGGUGGCCGCCUGGGCUCCGAGUUCCCGUCUGCCAGAAUCACCAUCAUCGCCGAUAUGGAUGACGUGCCUGUGUUCUACUUUGGCAACACACAUUACCAUGUGGACGAGAGCGACGCGUUUGUGGAGGUGCAGGUGUGGAGGACCGGGAGUGACCUCGCCAAAGGAGCAACGGUCACAGUCCGCUCCAGGAAGACAGAUCCCGUCUCGGCCGAGGCUGGCGUGGAUUAUGUCGGCAUCAGCCGGAAUCUGGACUUUGCACCGGGGGUGACCAUGCAGACGUUUCGAGUGAACAUCCUGGAUGACCUGGGCCAGCCGGUGCUGGAGGGACCAGAGAUGUUUCAGCUGCUGCUCCAAAUGCCCAUGAACGGGAUCCUGGGAGAGCCCAACAAGGCGCUCAUCGUCAUCAACGACUCGCUGUCGGAUUUACCCAAGAUGCAGUUCCGGCACCCCGUGCACAUCGGCAGUGAGAACUCCGGCCAGGUCUCGGCUAUGGUAUAUCGAAGCGGUGACAUCAGCCACAGGUCGACUGUCCGCUGUUACAGCAGGCAAGGCACGGCACAGGUCAUGAUGGACUUCGUCGAGAGGCCCAACACAGACGCCUCUAUCAUCACGUUCCUUCCAGGCGAGAUUGAAAAGCCUUGUGUUCUGAUACUGGUUGAUGACACGGAGCACGAGGAAAAUGAGGAGCUGCGACUUGUCUUGGGAAGUCCAAAAAGUUUGUCGCCGUUCGGAGCCGCGGUCGGGAAGCAGAACGAAACGCUGAUCAAGAUCAAAGACGACGCUGAUAAGGCCAUAAUCAAGUUUGGUGAAACUAAAUUCAGCGUAAAUGAACCAAAAGAAAGCGGCCAAGUGUCCGUGGUGAUAAUCCCAGUGCUGCGUGUCGGCGACACGUCAAAGGUCUCGGUGGUGCGGGUUCACACCAAGGACGGCUCGGCCACUUCCGGAGAAGACUACCACCCCAUUUCCGAGGAGCUGGUGUUCAAAGAGGGCGACACCGUGCACUCUGUGGAAGUGGAGGUUUUGUACGACGGCGUGAGAGAAAUGAGGGAAGCCUUCACUGUGCAUCUCAAGCCUGACGAGAACAUGGUGGCAGAAACUCAGAUGAGCAAAGCCAUAAUCUAUAUUGAAGAGAGCAACAGCAUGGCCGACGUCACCUUCCCUUCGGUGCCGCGGGUCGUUUCUCUGCUGCAUUACGAUGUUGUUGACAGGAGCACCCGACUGGUGCCUGUGGCUGGAUACCCGAUCGUCUGUGUGACGGCCUGUAACCCCAAGUACCCCGAGUACGACAAGACGGGCUCCAUCUGUGUGAGCGAGAACAUCAACAACACACUGACCAGAUACCGCUGGCUCGUCAGCGCCCCCACCGGCAGAGACGGCGUGACCAGCCCCAUGAGAGAAGUCGACUUUGACACGUUCUUCACGUCCUCCAAGCUCAUCACUCUGGACUCGGUCUACUUCCAGGCCGGCUCUAGAGUCCAGUGCGCUGCGAGAGCCGUCAACUCCAACGGAGAUGAAGGUCUGGAGCUGAGCAGCCCCAUCGUGUCCAUUAGCCGUGAAGAGGGGAUGUGCCAGCCCCGGGUCCCCGGCACGGUUGGCGCUGAACCGUUCUCAGCUAAACUUCGCUACACAGGAGCCGAAGACUCGGAACACCCCAACCUCAUAAAGCUCACUGUCACAAUGCCUCACAUGGAUGGAAUGUUGCCCGUCAUUUCGACCCGCCCGCUCUCCAACUUCGAGCUGACACUGAGUCCUGACGGCACCCGUGUUGGCAACCACCGCUGCUCCAAUCUGCUGGACUUCACCGAGAUCCAGACUCGCUACGGCUUCCUCACCCACGCCACCAAGAACACUGAGGUCAUCGGAGAGACUGCGCCGUACCAGUACAGCGCCACCCUGAGGGGAGCCAACACCCUGCGGUUCUACCGGAACCUCAACCUGGAAGCUUGUUUGUGGGAGUUCAACAGCUACUACGACAUGUCGGAGUUGCUCAGCGACUGUGGAGGGAACAUCGGCACUGAUGGACAGGUGCUGAACCUGGUCCAGUCCUACGUGACCCUGCGCGUCCCGCUGCACGUGUCCUACGUCUUCCACUCACCUGUGGGUGUUGGGGGGUGGCAGCACUUUGACCUGCAGUCGGAGCUGCGCCUCACAUUCGUGUACGACACUGCCAUCUUGUGGAGGGACGGUAUCGGCAGCCCACCAGAGGCAGAGCUUCAAGGUGCCCUGUACCCAACCAGCAUGCGGAUAAACUCGCUGGGACGACUUGUCGUCAACUUCCGCACUGAAGCCAGGUUCAGAGGGCUCUUUGUGUUCGCUCAUCCAGCGUCCUCGUUGACUUCCAUGGUCAUGUGUCCGGAUCACCCCGGUUUGACCUUCAACCUCACCCUGGUGAGAAGUGAGCCCACCUACAAUCAGCCCAUCCAGCAGUGGACCUUUGUCUCCGACUUCUCUGUGCGAGAUUAUUCCGGCACGUACACAGUCAAGCUGGUACCCUGCACAUCGCCGCCCAGUCUGGAAUACACCAUCCCACCGGUCUGCAACCCCAGGGAGCCCGUGACCUUUGACCUAGACAUCCGAUUCCAGCAGGUGAGCGAUCCGGUGGCAGCCGAGUUCAGCCUGAACACAGAGAUGCUCCUGCUCUCCAAGCGAAGUCUGUGGCUCUCCGACGGCUCCAUGGGCUUCGGGCAGCAGAGCGACACGGCCUUCUCGCAGGGGGACGUCAUCUACGGCAGAGUCAUGGUGGAUCCUGUGCAGAACUUGGGCGACUCCUUCUUCUGCACCAUCGAGAAGGUCUUCCUCUGCACUGGGGCCGACGGAUACGUUCCCAAGUACAACCCCAGCAACUUUGAGUUCGGCUGUCUGGCAGACGCUUCGUCACUGUUGUACAGGUUUAAGAUCAUCGACAAGGCUCAGCCGGAGACUCAGGCGAGGUCUUUCGGGAAUAUUCCCUUCAACGCCAUCCUGGCGGUGGACGACCCCGGUGCACUGGCCCUAGUGAGACAACCUGGGUCAGACGGUUUCAGGAUGGAGUCCUCUGCUUUAUUCCAGGUGUCUGCAGGGAGAGAGUGGUUCAUCCACACCAUAUAUACGGUCCGAUCUCGGGAGAACGCCAACCGUGGCAUCGGGAAGAGGAGCCUGGAGUACCAUGUCAUGAGCAGGCAUGCGGCCCCCAGCGGUCCACAUCGCCUCAGAAGGUCGACCAGUGGCGUGACAGAGAUGGUGGAGGAGAUCGGCGCCAGCAACAACCGGGGCACCAACAUCCUCCACAUCACGCUGGACCGCAGCAGCCAGCGGAGAACCAGCCCGGACAGGAAGGUCUACACCAAAGGGAUGGUACCGCACGAGGUCAACCAGAGGGGCGAGGGCGACGACGGGCUGCUGCUGAUCAUCGGGGUCAUUGUGGGGCUUCUGCUGCUGGCUCUCAUCGUCAUCGUGGUGGUUCUGAUGCUGAGGUCCAAGCGUGAUAGAAAAGAGGUGCCCAAGAACUCCAGCAGCACAGAACCUAUGAUGAGCGGAGGCCUCGCGGACAGCUCGGAGGUUUAACACCCGCCCACUUUUUAGUUCUUUCCCAUUAUUUUGCAAGUGCCUCAUGUCUGGAGCAGGUUGUGUGUGAAGAAACGCCGAAGGAGCUUCGAUUCUGUUCGGAAUUCUACUUGAAAUAUCACUUCCACAGACACUGAGUGGUGACUGGCUGUGUUCCCGUUUGCUAAAAGGCGCUUGUCAAAAUCGUCAGCACCCAUUCAUUGAUUCGCUGCUGAUCCAAAAAAAUGUGUUUAUGUUUUGAUGUUUUUUGUUCCAAAGGUGCUAGGGACCUUCCCUGUCUGUUAGAGAGGCGUCAGCCCAGUACAUCGAAGAAACUAGAACUUUAAUAGUUUUAAUACUGACCCAACAGCAGGACUUAUGGUUUGAGGGCAGAUUACUUUGGUUUUGUUUCCCCUGAUGUUCCCACCUGUUCCAUCACUAGCUGCCCACACUCUCUUGCUCCAGAUUCCUCCAAUUCGUGGUUCUGUGUCCAGGAAUAUGACAGCACUGUCAAAGGUUUCUCUGUUCAUUUCAGCUAUCCGUAGCUGAAGGUUCACCGCCAGCUUCUGCCCACUUGAAGAGGCCCUUUUAAAGGUUGUUUCUGAACACCAGAAUUAUGAUCAAAAAUUGUUUUAAAUCUUCAAAUGGAUAGGAUCUUUUUAUCAAAGUUUCUGUCUGUGAGUUCCCAGGGACAGGACUUGGGUGACAUGUGAGGUGCCUCAGUACCGUUUCAGGAAUAUGAUGCUUCACUUCCAGAAAGUUUAUUAUAGAGAUUACAAUGAUGGAAAGUCUUGAGAAUCACAGUUGUUUAUCUCAUCUUACUUCCCCUGUUGUUUCUCAUCAGAGGUUACCAUAGUAAGUCCUCCACUUUCACCUGUCUUGAGCAUCUCCUAGUCUGCUCAACCAUCUCCUUAUUCACCUCAGCAUCAACCUCUUUAGUUGUCCUCCUCUUCUUCUAUCUACACCAUUCUGGGUCCAACUCUGUCUCUCCUCUUCACGUAUCCGAACAUUUGUCCUCCCUAACCUUAACUCCAACUUCUCUGCAUGCCCUCCUUUCUGAUCUUGUCCAUUCGACUCUUCUCAGUCCAACUCGAGUCUCGGCAGUCUGUCACAGCAAGUCAUCCAAGAGCCAUCCACGGAUGGUCCUGAUCCACCCGUGGGUGGGAACUCCACUCCAGAGUUUGUAGGAGACCAUGAAUCUUCCCUGGUUUCUUUCUGAUGAUAUAAAACAGCGUAGAAAUUAGAAGUUGAACUGACAAACGAUUGCAUCACGAAGAAGAGCUAAAGACUGUUGUGAUGUUUGACCCCAAAAUAAAAUUAAAUGAGGAAAAAUAAAAGGAAGUCAGUGAAAAGCAAAAAGUGGACGAGGAGUCGACUCCCCUCAAGUCUAUAUAACUGAUCAUAGCACAGGAAAGUGAUACAACACACAGUACAUCUGGUCUCAGUUUGGGGUGUGACUUGAAAAUCCUGGUUACCUAAUGUAACCAGAGUUCUAUGAAUAUUGGUUCAUACACACAGAGGCCAGUGCCUCGAUGUGAAUGAACCAGUAGCGAAGGCCGUUAGAGGGCGAAGCGCGUAUGACAUAGAACCAGGGACAGAGCGACCAGGCUGCUUGUAUUGAAGGCAUCGAACACCUGGAGCACCUCACACUCUCACCUGUGGGUCAGUCGGAGACAUAAGAGAAUUCCUUAAAAUGACCCUGAAAAUCAAACUAACCUGCCUUCAAGCCCAAAAACCUGCCCGUCACGAGAGAUUAUCCAGUAUUGGUCCUUCCAUUCAGUUUGUGCCUAAGAAUUUGCAUUUUAUAUUUUCACCGUUGUUAUUCGGUUGUGUUCACGCAUGGUGUUCCAGAGAUUGUUGGACCUUGUAAAGCGCUGACGAGUUGAAUGAGUUUGUGGAAGUGCAUUGGUUUUGAUGGCAGUAUUCUCCGUUAGCAGUGUUCACCUGAGGAGUGACGUUUUGUAACACUGACCUGACUGAAGGGGCCGUAGAAUCGCUGUUCAGUUUUAGCUUUAUGCAUUUGUUUGUUGUCUGUGUCAGCUAACAUUCAUUUAGUUUGGUUCAUGCUGUAGAAGUGUAUGAACAAAUGCAGUUGCUAGCACAAACGCUAAAUUCAAAUCCUGAACUUGUAUUUGAUUCUGUUUGAAAACGUGUUAAAACUGCGCUUUCUGUACCAGAGAUUGUGACGCAACCCAUAUGUGCGUCAGGGGCCAUCUGUUUUCGGGAACAGGAAAGUGCAUAAAGCUAGCUAGCUAAGGACAACGGCUAGUGUAGCGUCUUUAGUGUGAGAGUGCUGCUGUUGCUAACAGAUAAAAGGCUCACAAAAAAGGCACACAAGCUUUCUGUGUCGAAAGGCAGCUAAGGCAAACAAUUCUGUUUUUAUAGCUGUUAAACUGUGUGAAAAUGGAAAUUAUGAGUUGGUAGUUGCUCGGUGGCUUCUAACACAAACAUCUAUUGCAGUAAGGAUGGCAUUUUUGCUGCGUUUCAGUUACGUCUGACGUGAGAAGUCGGAGCUGGGAAUGACGUCACAGAUGAGUUCGGUACGUUAUCGAAGUCGGAAAAGAAGAUGGUGGUGUCCAUGAAAGCUAUUCUCACACGUUUCUACCGGAUCUAACCAACUUCUAGCAACUACAAAAGGAUGAAGAGGAAAUGCAAAUUUGAGAAUGUGCUAUUUUCUUUUGCUGUCAUUGUCAAACUUCUACUUCCUGUUUCCAUUCGGGGACUCCAUCUUGGCUUGUGUACCUGGGAUGGUGGGGAUUCUCCUUGGCAGGUCUGAGAAUAACUGGAACGCAGUUUUGUCUGUAUGUGAGUUGCUAAUGCUAUCUUAAAACAUGUGCGUAUAGUGUAGCUGAACGUAUCCUAUGGCCCCUUUAAGACAAUGAUGUGUGAUAUCUCUACGUCUAAACUGGAAGAGCUAGUUACACUGACGCUUUCAGUACAGCUGGUCUGUAAUGAACAGUUCCAGCACCCACUGAGGCCCAAUGUUGACACGAUUUAGGAGCUGGAUUCAUUGGAUUUUAGGGCUUUUCAUUCAUUAACAGUCUGCCAGAAGCCGUGUAUUUAUUUUGGACUCUCCAUGUUCACAUUUGUUCACAAAAACCUCUCAAAUAAAUGUGUUAAAUUCUCUAAGGCACUGGGUUGCCAUUCAAUCAGAGACUGAUCUUUUUGGGGGAAUAAAUCUAUGCAACCUGUGAUAUUUAACAUCCAUGAAUUUGAUUUUCUUGCACAUUUUGCUCGACACGUCUGUUGUUCGUAUGUUUAUUUACCCAAACAUUUUUUUUUUUCGAAAAUGCACAUUUGUAUAUACCUGUGUAUUACUGAUGAAUAUACCGUCUGGAUGUUUCGGGAAUGGCUAUUGUUCGACACUGUACGUGCUGUAAGUAUUUGUAACAGGCCAGAGGACAAACGUG